AUGUACGCUUCAUCUACAGAAUGUUACUACAUAACGAACAAUCCCCAGGCCCUUAGUCCGGGCACCUCUUACUCCCAACAGCUUUCUCUUCCUGAAAAAGCCUGUAAUGGCUGGAUAAUAAAAGAAGAUUUCUCUGCAUCUAAGCUCUUCGAGAAAAAUGCUGGACUGUAUUUGGCCUCUUCCGGGUUUCCUGGAGGCAAAAUGAGGCUGCGUCAUAGUGCUCAACUGCAACGCAAGGAUCAGAGGCGUACUAUUGAAACUGCGAUGGCAGCUCCAGCGGCUCUAGUUAAGCAGCCUCACUACGCAGCGGCAAAUAGAAACAUUACGAAAGCACUCGAUCUUCCCAGCACGUCUUCUCUUCUAGCAGACUCCUCCUCAGAGCGUCUUAUGCAAGUCUUUAUUCAUGGGAAGAAACAUUCGCGAUGCCAGUUGACGCGGGCAGCUUGGCGGGCAGGCAGUACUCCUGUUGGCUUCACUUUGGUCAACAAGCUGACUCCGGAGGAGGGUCGGGAGGCCAAUUUAGACAUUACUGGACAGUUCUGUGUCAGCUGCGAUAACGCAUUUCCUGUUCGGAGGCCGCGCGACGCAGAGUACGCGAAUGGGGAAAGUCUGGACGCUGACUCAACGAAGCAAGUGAUCGGGGGGCCCAACAGCACAUUUGAUGUGUUUUGUUUGUCUGGGGCAAGUCUAGCUGAAGCCUCUGAGAUCGCUCGGAAGCUGACGCUACUGACUCAGACAGUCUUCAAGGUUUGGCUGGAGUCAUUGGUUGUGGACCUCAUCAAGGCCUGGAACGGCAAAAUGUAUUUCUUGCAGGUCAAAUCCUUCACAUUGAGACGGUCUGGCCCACGCGUAGAUUGUGUACUGAAGUUAGACGCUAACAAGAGGGAUGAGGACGAUGAGCCACUUGACGGGGCCUUGAAGGCUAGGGCUGCUCUGCUCCGGAGACAGCAGGCCUCCCUAGCCCAGCCAUCAGUUUGCGCGAUGUGUGGACUGAGCCGGAGCAAGAAGUCACUAAACCGCAUGCUGAAUCACCGGAUGAUGCUGGAGGCUCAGCACCAUAUGCGCAAAAGGGGAGUGGAAAUACUGUUUUUCCACCAGGCUAGAAAGCAACAGCUCUCAGCUGAGUCUCCCGUCUGUGGUACUUGUUACUCACUGUACUUAGCCGAGAAGGAGCUAAUCCAGCUCGAGGCAGAGCUAGCCAGGGAAACUGGGCAGCAAAUCAGUGCCGAGGCUGCAAAGCUUUGCUUCGUGACCGGGAUCCUCGAUGCCAUUCAAGGGAGCUUCUUAAUGAAGGACCCCGAUCUGUUAGAAUUACUUCAAGCCUUCGACAACUCCUGUCAGAGCACAGAGGGAGAUGCCGCCGGAGGUGGGCCCGUUGAUGAGCUAACAGAAGACGUACCAGAAUCCACAAAUGACCCAAUGGACGACGGAAUUCUCGUAACUCUACAGAAGCACGGGAGCAAUGCUGAGAAUGAUUUUCUUUCGGGAAGGCAAGAUUCCGAUGUUCCGGUUACAAGAGAUGCGCAAGGGGGCUUAAUUGUAUUCCGUGGGGGUGAAGCUAUCCAGUCAGUGCCGGCUCCUCAACCCUACGACAUUAUGCUCCCGGCAGCACUGCAUCAAUGGCGUCUCAUGCUGUUCCUAGAUUCGCUCCAGGAUCCCCCUGCCUCGCAUGGCACAGGAAAGCAGAAACCUUACUUGUUACAGCUAGGUCUCUUCGGGACCACAUCCCCAGUGCACCUGCCCGGCCCAGACGAGCGGGGCGUCGUGCGAAUCCGUCGAAUGCUGAUAUUUUAUCUCUUUUCAAAAAGUCCGAUUGUCACGGAGGCCUUCAAGGAAGAAUUGCACUUCUCCUUACGGCCUAGCGGCACUGCAAGCGUCACAAACCGCCCCACCAAAGUCGCGGAAGGCAGAGCCCAGUCCGCUGGAGCCCAGCGGUUACCCAUGUUUCAAACGGCAGCUAAGAGUAGAUGGUCAUGCACUGGCGCUUCAGAGUCGUGCGAGCAGCCCACUGCAGUGGGCAGCUGCUCUCUGGGUCGGUUGGCGGGAAAAAGGAGUGUCAAAAACCAGACUUGUGUCCUGCUUUUCGAAGGAAGCACCGGGAAGUGCAGACUCGGAAUUACUCUAGGCUUGCACAGGGAUAUGCAGGUUCCGACUCAGUAUGUCUCUGUCGUUCCAUUUCGUGACGCGUUCCUAUCCCAAACCCCGUACUGUUGUUCCUGCCCUCUCCCAACGGAGUGGCUGGACUGCUUCAUGGCAGCAACAGAAACUUGA